AUGCCUAAGUGGUUCCAACGCCUUCCACUUCGCUUCCACAUCCGACGUGUGGGUUCCUGGAAAUGUCCCGGAGUUGGUCCAGAACUCGCUGCGUUGCCCAGUCACCUCGUGAACAAUGGACACGUUGGAAUCGACAAGUUGCCCCACAAAACAGUCAUGACGGAGUGCGGAAACCGGUGGAAUUCGACAAGGACGCUUAUUUUCCAGCGCAUCCAACAAUUAGUGUGUUUCGGUGAAUCACCGAGCUGCUCUCUGACUUAA